AUGAGUUUCCACAAGGAGGACGGCGUGAGCCUGUGCCAGAAGGCGCUGCAGAUCGUGUCCGAGCUCUGCCUGGGGGGGCAGGUGGAGUGGGACAAGUGCACGGGCAUCUUCCCCAGGACCAACGACGGAGCGGGCAGUACAGACAUAUCGGUCAGUCUCCUCGCUGUUGUGGUCAGCUUUUGCGGCUUGGCUCUGCUGGUGGUCUCACUCUUUGUCUUCUGGAAACUUUGUUGGCCAUGUUGGAGAAGUAAACCUGUCGCAUCUGCAACCAAUGGCAUCCCCCAAUGUGUCCCCAGUGCCCCCCCUGAAGUGACGGAAACCAACGAGAAGAAAGAAAUCAAACAGAAUGGUAAACACUCCGUGAGGAUGCAGGAAGCCGCCAUGAAGAUCAGCCACACUUCACCUGACAUCCCGGCCGAGGUGCAGAAUGCCCUGAAAGAACAUUUAAUGAAGCAUGCUCGUAUGCAGCGCCAAAUCACCGAACCCACAUCAUCCUCACGGCACAAUUCCUUCAGAAGACACUUACCAAGGCAAAUGCAAGUGUCCAGUGUAGACUUCAGCAUGGGUGUGGAACCACUACAAAGAGGAGAGACCACCACAAGCAUCGGCAGGAUCAAGCCCGAAUUAUACAAGCAGAAAUCUGUAGAUUCUGAAGACAACAAGAAAGAAGAUGUCAAGACAUGUGGAAAGCUCAACUUCACUCUUCAGUAUGACUAUGAAAAUGAAAUGCUCAUUGUCAAGAUCUUGAAAGCCCUGGAGCUGCCAGCGAAAGACUUGUGUGGCACCUCUGAUCCUUAUGUCAAGAUCUAUCUCCUCCCAGACAGAAAGAAGAAGUUUCAGACCCGGGUUCACAGGAAGACUCUUAACCCCAUGUUUGAUGAGACUUUCCAGUUCCCGGUGGCUUACGACCAGCUCAGCAAUAGGAAACUGCAUUUUAGUGUGUACGACUUUGACCGCUUCUCCAGGCAUGACAUGAUCGGGGAAGUUAUCCUUGAUAAUUUGUUUGAGAUGUCUGAUCUCUCCAGAGAGGCAACAGUAUGGAAGGACAUCCACUGUGCCACUACAGAAAGUGUUGACCUUGGAGAGAUCAUGUAUUCCCUCUGUUAUCUGCCCACUGCUGGCAGGAUGACUCUAACUGUUAUCAAGUGUCGGAACCUAAAGGCGAUGGACAUUACAGGAUCAUCUGAUCCUUAUGUGAAGGUGUCACUGAUGUGUGAAGGCCGCAGAUUGAAGAAACGCAAAACUACCACAAAAAAGAACACGUUAAAUCCAGUCUACAAUGAGGCCAUCAUAUUUGACAUCCCUCCAGAGAACAUGGACCAAGUCAGCCUGUCCAUAGCUAUCAUGGAUUAUGAUAGGGUGGGACACAACGAAGUCAUUGGAGUGUGCAGAACUGGAGUGGAUGCCGAGGGGCUUGGCAGAGACCACUGGAAUGAGAUGUUGGCAUACCCAAGAAAACCAAUAACCCAUUGGCAUGCAUUAGUGGAGAUGCCAGGGAGAGGAACUAGUUUUGACAGUCAAGGAUCCUGUUCUUCUCCAAAGCCUCCUUUGACACCUUAGAACAACCAGUAUGAGGUCUUACUCAUCAAC